CAACGAUUUGGAAAAAAAGAAAACAGACAAAUAAAUAGGGCAGGGCCAAGCCCAAAUCGAAGAACUAGCGCGGGCAAAGGGAAGGAAGGCGGGAGCAAUUAUCCUCUUUGACCAACCAAUCUUCCCCUGCCGGACCUGGAAUGAUGGGCGGAGAUCCGGCGGUGGUCGUGGACGGUGGGUCUCGGGCCGGAUGCUAGAUGCUUCUCAGCAGAUCCGUCUGUUCUUGGGUCGCCCAGCUUCUCGCCUGCAUGGGAGCAGAGGUUGUCUUGGAUGCUGUGCUAAGCCCACUCCAAUUAUUGCAGUGGAUGAGCCCUCAAAGGGUUUGAAAAUCCAAGGCCGGACUAUUAAAAAAACCAGCGUGUCUGAGGAUUUUUGGAGUACGAGCACACAUGAGAUGGAAAACAGUGGAGUGCAGUCUCAGAGGAGCAUAUCUUCAAUUAGCACAUCAGUGCAAAACCUUGAUCACCAUGGAGCAGGAAGCGCCAGCAACGCUUCUGAAUUUGUGAAUCAUGGUCUUCUUCUCUGGAAUCAAACCAGACAGCAAUGGACUGGAAAUAGAAGGCCUGAGACCCGGCCGCAACAGGUCCGGGAACCCAGAUUAAGUUGGGAUGCGACAUAUGACAAUUUGCUGGGGACCAACAAGCCAUUUCCACAGCCCAUCCCUCUAUCUGGGUGGGGGGGGGGGCUUGCUUCUUGUGGUGGCAGGAGAUGGUAGAUUUCCUUGUGGACGUCUGGGAGCAGGAGGGUAUGUAUGAUUAGGCAAAACAAGUUUCUUUAGAUGUUGUGUGGACCGUCAAGCAGAUGGGGACUCCUGGAGAUGGACUUCGAUAGUGCUACGGACGAAGGGUAUCCCUUCCACAUCAAUUGUUAUAUGUAUGCUACCGCUGAUAUCUUUAUAGUUAUUCUCUUCUUAAUGUCCUCCAUCCUCUUGUAGCAAGUUAUCUCUUCAGCAUUGUCGUGAGCCUUAGAGCAGGGCUUCGCCCUGCUUAGCCUUAUUGUAUGUUUCACCGAUUGACAAGUUGCUAGACUGGUGUCAUCACCUUCUGCUCGGCACAAAGCUAUUUCAUGGCA